UUUUAAAAUAAUAGAAAAUGCUCAUUAGGUAUAUACACAGACGCGCUCCAGAUUUCUGAGAAGUUUCGUGGAUUGUUGGAGCGUGUACGUUCCCUAGCCUUCAAAUCUUUCAUGGCAGCUUAAAAAUGUCAACCUUCAACGUUGUCGAUUUUUAUUUAAAGCCUGCCCAAAUUGAAAAUUUACAUCCACUCAAUUUCGCUGCCUGUGAUCUGAUUACUUUUUUCGUUAGAAAAGAUUUGUGCAAUACAAUGGCACCCGCACAGAGGCUUUCUGGUAUGCAAAAACAGGUGCUCAGUUUAUACAGAGCAUUUCUACGAUCAGCUCGAUGCAAGGAACCUCAUCAACGCCACACAAUCCAACAAGUAGUCUCCAGAGAAUUCAGAAAAAAUGCAACAUCUGUUGAUAAAAAAGAUUUCAACUACAUCGAGUAUUUGCUGCGUCGAGGCCAGAAGCAACUAGACCAAUUAAAAUCUUCAUCUGCUGUAGGUCUCUCAGUUGUGGAGGUCAGAUGAUCUUUGUAUUUUGGUUUUCGUUAAUUCAUUUCGUGAAAUUUAUUGGAUUUCAAAUGGUGGGUAUUUGAUGGAAUCACAAUAUGAGAUACUUUAUUUGUGUCUGUAAAAUGCAGAGGAUUUGGAGUUUUUUAGGGUUUGUAGGUGCCCUUGUUCUUCUGUUUUAUUUUUUUCAAAUUCUAGAGGCUUUGGGGUUUUUUUAAUUUUUUAGGGUUUAAAACAUGCAGUUGCAGAAGGCCAAGUUGGUCGAUCUUAUUCCUGGUAGGGUUCGGGUUUUAUGACCCUUUGGGGUUUGCAAAAUGCAGAUGAUUUAAGGAUUUUUGCAAGUUGCAGACGGUUUAGGGUUUCUAAGGUUCAAGAUUUUAAGUAGGUGAAGUUGUCGGUCUCCUUGAAAAUUGCAGACUUGGGUUUUAAAGGGUCUAUUUUGUUUGUGCUUGGGGCAGGUUUAGGGUUCUCUCGAAAGCCAGGUGUUUUUCUUGCAGCUAUUUUUGGCUUUAGCAGAUAAUGCUCAAUCCUGGUUGGAGGUUGUAACCCUAACAUCAGGCCAUGAUUUAUGUUAUCUAUGAGCCAUUUGAUGAAAAAAGGAUAAUUGUGAAAGAAUAUUGAAGCCUAACAGUAGACCACAAUUUAGGUUAACUAUGUGUUAUUUGAUGAAAAGGAUAUAUGUGAAAAUGGCCGAAUCUAACCAAUGGACAAAUAAACAAAGUUCAUUCAAAUACCAAAAAUAACUAAUAAGCAAGAAAAAGUCUGUCUAUUCCAACAUGUAUGGUUUAGAGAAAAACGGUGAACUGUUGCAGUUGCCCAAUUAGUGCAUUCACAUUGAGGUAAGUCCUGUUCAAAUUUGAAAAAGACUAAAUUUUUGUGUAUUUUUAAACUGUUUACUGGUGUUUUCUGGGUAAAUUGAUAAACACUCUUGCCCGCUGUAUUCUUUAUGUACCAUGGCACUCCAAAGCUCACAGAUUGUAUGAUAGAAUGCACCAUCAAGCUUACAAUACUGCUCCUACGAGGGAAUGUAAUAUCGAGCUGAGGAUAAAUUAUAUAUUAGGUAGUCAACUGUCAAGCUGAGAGUACUUUGCAUACCAGGGAAUGAAACAAGAAGCUAAAAUUGCUUUUUUAA